GCACUAGGCGAUUCGCAGACCAUGGAUGACUUGAGCCCGGACCAAUUGCGCGAGUACGAAGAGUAUGCCCAGAAAGGGCCAUUGUGGAAGAAAGUCCAAUGCGCAUUCCGAGAUGAGCUUAUCGACAAAGACGGACUGCAUCACGCUGCUUCUACACUAAAACUACUGUUGGAUAAGCAUAUUUUCGCCGAGAACGUGAAAGGCUUCUAUGAGUCGUUAACUCGAGCUCAAACAACGAGCUGGAUGAUUCUGAAGCAUUGGUACGAUGGUCAAUAUCAGCACGAAUCCCUUUCGAGAUCGGCUCGCGAAUUCAUCGAUUUUCUGCAUAUUACGGAGGCUCCCACAAAAUGGUAUACCGUCGACGACUUUCCGUACACGAGCUCUAGCUUAUAUCACACCAUGAUGAUUCGCUUGUUCGAGCUUGAAUUCUACCCCAGGCUGAUCAAUUUUUCGGGUGAACAGGACGAGGUCCAUAUGUCAUGGAAAGAACUCGCAUCAAUGCUGAGACGUGUUCGUGAAGAAGCUCUGCUCCACGCAACAGCGCAGCGGUUUGGAUUUCAGCACCUACCUGAGCAGCGAAGGAAGGGAAAGCCUGUUCUCGGACUAUGCAGCUCGACACUCGAGCCAUGCGGCUGGCUUCCCGAGUUUGAAGACCCUACGCAGAUGCCUUACUAUGUUUGGGAUAUCGCUAUGCGCAAAACAGUCGUUGUCAGCAGUCUCACCCAUGUCCCCAGAUACACAUGCAUUAGCCAUACAUGGGGAAGAUGGCGUGUCCCCAACACAUUUCAUAGAGUUGAAGGGGUUCCCUGGCCAGUGCCGGUGAAUACACGAUUCGAUGUGCAUAAACUUCCAGAUAUAUUUGCGGCGAACAAGUGGACUACGCCUUAUCUAUGGUUCGAUCUCUAUACCAUACCGCAGAAUGGUUCGAAACUCGCAGACGAAGAGAUUGCUCGCCAACACAUAAUCUUCCGGAAUUCGAGUGCUGCUGUGGCUUGGAUCAGUGGUAUACAGUCGUGGGACAAGCUAUCAAAUGGGAUAGAAUGGUUGGCAUUGAGCUACCUGCAACAUACCUCAUCUCCAGACCUCUACGACGUGAAAGGUGCACUCGAGACUGUUUUGGAUGCAAGGAACCCUCCCCUCGAAACAACUGGCGCACUUAACGAUGUCAAAGAAGAGGAAGAAAGUGCCACGCUGCAAAAUCAGGUUCUGGAUAAAAGCUCGUAUACUUUGUAUCCAGGAGCAUGGUUCACAUCUCUCUGGACUCUCCAGGAAACCUUUUUAUGUCCUCACAUGGUUCUUGUCUCGCAAGAUUGGAAGCCGCUCCAGGACAAAGCUGGCUGUAUAGUCACACUUGAUAAUCUCAUCGCUUUGGAGCAGUACGCACUCCAAUACAUACGCUACUCAAAGUUCUCGGACGCCGAUUUCAGCGAUCCUUCAGGUUACGAUGCCAACGCGUCGUGGCGAAGUACUCAGUCUAGCCACACGAAACCAACGGGCCUACCCGCAGAUGUCCAAGAGAUACAGGCAUUGAUCACUAUGACAAAAGCAUCGGACUGGCUUCGUCCGUCACCCAUUUCAGUCCUCGUGCUGGGGAAUAUGCGCACAUGCACCGAAAGUCGCGCUCAAGCUAUCAUGUGUAUUCUAGGGACGACGGCUUGGUAUACAAAACAUGUUGAGAAAUAUGGGUCGCGACCACCAGACAAAUAUUUGGUCCUUGGGAUGUACCCGCUUCCAUUUCUCCAAGAGGUCAUCAGGAAAUUUGGAGCAGCUAUAUACCUUACAACUAAAGGUAUUGCCAAUUGCGAUGAAUUUUUUCAAGGGAUCGACAGCGAUAUACUAUCAGGGUCUAUGUUGCCGUUUGCAACGGGUCACAGCAGCCGAUCCGUUGGCUCGCCUAUCAAUAACUUCACGAGAGAUGAUAAUGAAGAUCAUCCCGACGUGUCGGCGUGGGAGCUCCAGCAAGAUGGGACCGUACGCAUUACAAGAGCCGGUGUCUUGACUGCAAGUGACUAUAGAUACAACGAUCCGCAGCACACCGCACGUGUUAUGGACUGCCGUCAAGAGAGAUCGAGCUUGGAGGAAGUCAGGCUAUCAGAAUGGCUGGAGCAGCAGCCAGAAACUCACGCUCGAUUCGCUGUUGCCGUUGCGCGGGAUAGAUUGACUCUACACGGUAUCAUUUUGGAGGGACCAAGAUCUACGUCUGCUGGGACACAACGUCUUCUGAAGACUGGAAUAUUUACAAUGCCAACAUUGCUCUUUCCACGCUCCUCAAGGGUGGACUGGAUUGUUGUAUAA